UGCUCGUGCUCCCCCGAGCAGACUAGACCAGCGCGCUAGCGCCAGCAAGGCCAAGGCGAGGGAGGGGCGAUGCUCGCCCGAUCUGCUACAGCCGCCGCCGCCGCCGGGAUCUGGCUGUGAUUAAGGAUGUCGGCGUCGCGGAGCGGGAGGAUCAGGCGGGCCGGGAGCGUGGCGCUCGGGGACUUUCUGCGGCGGGAGGCGUCGGCGGAGCGGGCCGCGUUGGGAGGCGGCGAGCGGCCCUCGGUCGCGGCGGGGCAGGCCUGCCGGGCGAAGAAGGGCGAGGACUUCGCGCUGCUCAAGCCCGCCUGCGAGCGACGCCCCGGCGCGCCGUCCACCUCCUUCUCCGCCUUCGCCCUGUUCGACGGGCAUAACGGGAGCGCCGCAGCGGUGUACGCCGAGGAGCACCUCCUCGCCAACGUGCUCGGCUGCGUCCCGGCCGAUCUGAGCAGGGACGACUGGCUCGCCGCGCUCCCAAGGGCGCUCGUCGCCGGGUUCGUCAAGACCGACAAGGAUUUUCAAACUAAAGCUCAUUCCUCGGGGACAACCGUGACACUUGCCAUAAUUGAUGGCUCCGUUGUAACUGUUGCGUCCGUUGGUGACUCACGUUGUGUCCUUGAUGCUGCGGGAUCCAUCUACUAUUUGUCGGCUGACCACCGCUUUGACGCUAAUGAAGAGGAGGUUGGACGUGUAACCGAAUGCGGAGGUGAAGUUGGAAGGCUAAAUGUUGUCGGUGGUGCUGAGAUUGGUCCCCUUAGAUGUUGGCCAGGUGGUCUAUGCCUCUCAAGAUCGAUUGGUGAUCAGGACGUAGGUGAAUUUAUCAUUCCGGUUCCUUAUGUGAAGCAAAUUAAGCUGUCUAACGCUGGAGGUCGUCUUAUUAUUUCAAGUGACGGUGUUUGGGAUGCUUUGACUGCGGAAAUGGCUUUUAGAUGUGCACGGGGGCUUCCUCCUGAGGCUGCAGCCGAGCAAAUUGUUAAAGAAGCAGUUGAAUCAAAAGGAUUGAGAGAUGAUACAACUUGCAUUGUCAUUGACAUAAUACCACCAGAGAAACAAAAAUGCACUAUAGAAUCUCCAAAAACGCCAGGAAAAGGCCUUGUCCUUCUAAAAAAUUUCUUCUUAAGGAAAACGGCAUCUGGUUCAUUGUCUCUCGCUGACAAGGAUAAUUAUCCCGAGCCAGAUUUCGUGGAGGAGGUCUUUGAGGAUGGAUGCCCAUCCCUUUCGAGGAGGCUUAAUUCUGAAUAUCCUGUCCGAGAUAUGUUCAAGCUUUUUGCAUGUGCAAUUUGUCAAAUUGACUUGGAGUCUGGCCAAGGCAUAUCCAUACACGAGGGUUCGUCAAAGACAGGGAAGCUGCGUCCCUGGGAUGGCCCUUUCCUUUGUCACAGUUGCCAGGAAAAGAAAGAGGCGAUGGAGGGGAAGCGUCACUCGCGAGACUCCUCGUCAAGAAAUAGCGGGUCAAGUGAAUAGUGACUAAAGCCAGGAGUCAUCUUGAGGCGACCACCUAGCGGUGUGACGAGCUAACUCUUGUUGCAGUUGUCAUUGUAGCAGCACUUCCUCUAUACAUGGAUUACCAUUGGACAUAGACAGAUGUUGGAACUUGGAUGGUGCCAUGCGUACAUAUGUUGGACCUAAUGCGGUAAUGGACCGUCGGCCAAAUUCAAUCGCCUCUAGGUACCACACCGGCGACGGCGUCUUCGGCAAGGCUUGUAGCAGUAGCUCAUGCAGGUAGUGAUGACAAGGGACUGUUAGCGAAGAAUGUCGACAGCGGCCAAUGGUCAUGUAAAUUGUUCAUCGUAUAGAGGUGCAAGUGACAAUUAGCCACGGUUUUGUAAUUCUGAGCUAGGAUUAGCUAUUGGGACCCUGUAAUUCGUCUGGGCAGACCUCAAACUAGAGGUCAACAACGUAGCCUGGCCUAUUGUAGAAUGUAUCUUGCCCUACAGUCUUCAUGAUACAACGCUGUAAUUAGGCUGGUGCCGGUGUACC